CUUUCAUUCUCCAUCACAAAUAUCCCCACAUCUUUCUCUCUCCUCCUACCUCUCAACAAACCCCCCAAAACUCUCUCUACUUUCUCUCUCCUAAAAAAACUCUCACCAAAAAUGGCACCAAAAGCUGAGAAGAAACCAGCCGAGAAGAAGCCAGCCGAAGAGAAGAAAGCCGCCGCCGCAGAGAAAGCUCCAGCCGAGAAGAAGCCAAAAGCCGGCAAAAAGCUUCCAAAAGAAGCCGGAGCCGCCGCCGCCGGUGAAAAGAAGAAGAAGAGAACGAAGAAAAGCGUCGAAACUUACAAGAUCUAUAUCUUCAAAGUUCUCAAACAAGUUCAUCCUGAUAUCGGUAUUUCCAGCAAAGCUAUGAGUAUCAUGAACAGUUUCAUUAACGACAUUUUUGAGAAGCUUGCUCAAGAAUCUGCUAGAUUAGCGCGUUACAAUAAGAAACCGACGAUUACUUCUCGGGAGAUUCAAACUGCUGUUAGACUUGUUCUUCCUGGUGAAUUGGCGAAACAUGCUGUUUCUGAAGGAACUAAGGCGGUUACUAAGUUUACUAGGUCGCGGAUGCCCUCCGAAAAGAAGCCAGCCGAGAAAGCCGCCGCCGCCGAGAAAGCACCAGCCGAGAAGAAGCCAAAAGCCGGCAAAAAGCUUCCAAAAGAAGCCGGAGCCGCCGCCGCCGGUGACAAGAAGAAAAAGAGAACCAAAAAAAGCGUCGAAACUUACAAGAUUUACAUCUUCAAAGUUCUCAAACAAGUUCAUCCUGAUAUCGGUGUUUCUAGCAAAGCUAUGAGUAUCAUGAACAGUUUCAUCAAUGACAUUUUUGAGAAACUUGCUCAAGAAUCUGCGAGACUAGCGCGUUACAAUAAGAAGCCGACGAUUACUUCUCGGGAGAUUCAAACUGCUGUGAGACUUGUUCUUCCUGGUGAAUUGGCGAAACAUGCUGUUUCUGAAGGAACUAAGGCUGUUACUAAAUUUACUAGCUCUUAAGAGGUUUGAUGAGUUUAUGAUUGAUUUACGGAGUAUUAUGUAUUUAGGUUGACUAAUUAGGGUUAUUAUGUCUGGAAUUUGGUUUUAGGUUUUAGUAUGUAAGUUACUACUAUGUUUUAAGUUUGUGAUAUGAAAUAUAAUCGGAUCUAUUUUGUCA